GAUUUCCCUGCCCCAGAAUUCCUCGCUACUUCCUCACAGGACUGUCACUUCCGCCUGUCUCCCUGUUUAUUCGCACCCCGACCUGUCCCUACGCUACUCCGUGGUCACCGUCCAUCAACCUGGAACUGUCUCAGCCGCCCAUGCUGCCCGGGGCUGGGGCCUCUGGGAUCUGCUUGUCUGUAAACUAACUGGCACCCUAUAUCCAGCCUUACAGCCCCCCAUGUUCCCCUCGGUGCCUGUUCUUCUUUGCCAUCUGCCCUUGGCACGGUGAUCGGGAGCCUGGCCAUGUCGGACUUGUGGGAUGAGAAGAAGCUUUUGGUGCAGCCAGAGGAGGGGCGCUAUGAUUCAGGGGUGGGAGAUUCCGUGCACUCCCUGUCUGACACAUCGGUUGGCCGCCUGCAGUCCCUAACUGAGGAGCCGGAAGCUCGGAUCAAGGAACCUGACUCAUCUGAGGACAAAGUUCUUGAACCUCAAGAACUUGACAGACUGGACUCGCUGUAUGGCUCGUCCUCCUUGACAGAGUUGUUGCCGGAAACUUGCUUGCCCAAAAGUGGCCCAGAGGAGCCCGAUAUCCCAGAUUCUCAGCAGCUGGAAUGCCUUACCUUUGUGUCGGAGGAGGGCGAUACGUUCCUGCACCUCACUGUGAUUCAUGGCUGGACAGACACCGCCCUCUGCUUCAUUUCACUGGCUCCUGCAGAUGUACUCAGUAUCCAGAAUGAUCUCUACCAGACAGGCCUACACUUGGCUACAUACCUGGGCCAGCUGGAGGUGGUGGAGGCUCUGGUAUCAAAAGGAGUCCACUUAGAACUACAGGACAGGAAAGGGGAUACUGCCCUACAUGUGGCUUGUAAGAAUCAGAAUUUGGCUUGUGCAAAAGUCUUGCUGCAGGGGCCAAAUGGCCCUCAGAACCUCCAUCUGCAGAAUUGGAAAGGCCUCUCCUGUCUGCACAUCGCCACUCUGAAAGGGAACUGCAGCCUUAUAUCCCUACUGCUGGAACAUGGUGCAGAUAUCAAUGAUCAGGAGGGUACAAGUGGGAAGACCCCAUUACAUUUGGCUGUGGAGAUGCUGGAUGGCCCUUUGCUCACUCACCUGUUACACCAUCACCCCAAAGUGGACUCUCUCAUGUACAAUGGCUGCACUCCCUUGCACUUGGCUGUGGGAAGGAAAGACGCUGGCCUUGCCCGUUUGCUGUGUCAGGCUGGAGCUGACAUGUUGCAAAGAAAUCUGGAAGGGGACACCCCCCAGGACUUGGCUGAGGGCAAUAACCAGCUUCUCACUCUUUUACCCUUUGAUGACCUGAAGAUUUCUGGUAGACCUGUUGUAACCACUGCGUGACCCCACAGUUGCGCAGUAAAGAGGACCCUUAAAUAGCUUUUCAAGAGCUCCCCCAACUGGCUGCUUUGUACAUUGAAUUUGUAUUCAGGACUUUGGCAUUUGACAUGAUAUUCAGGAUACUCUCUGCCAGGGGGUACCAUCUUGUAACUGCCCCAUGCCCUACAGAAGGGGGGGGGAGUUGCCUGAUCUUGCUGCGACAAAGCAUUAACGCAAUACAUAAUACGAAUUCGGAGAAGAGAUGUGAUUGUAUGGAGACGUCGUCCUCUGGGAUAUUUGGUACAAUGGUUGUGCCGAGUAUCUGAGUGACUCGCUUGGCAUAGACUUUGUGUGUAUUUAAUUAUUUUUAUGUCAAGUUAUCAUUUUGUAGUUUUGGGCAAGAUCAGCUACCUACUGUAUUAAAUGCCCUUCGCUGAA